GGAAGAUGAUGUUUGAGAAGCAACAAAUGAAGAUGGAUCAUAAUAAUUUGAGGAGAAGUGUUACUUUUAGUACUAGUAGGGGUCAUAAUAACAAUAUUAAUAGUGAUAAUAAUAGUAAUAAUUUUCAUCAUCAAAAGAGAAAAUCCAAAGAUGAUAAUCAAGAUCAUGAGAGGCUUGAGAUAGUGGAUUUGAGUGGCAUGUCUUUGGAAUCUCUCCCAAACACUCCUCUCAAUUUGGGAAUUAUUUGUAAGCUUGACCUCUCCAACAACAAUCUUCAGAUCAUACCUGAGUCCUUAAUUGCCAGAUUACUGAAUGUGGUAGUGUUAGACGUGCACUCAAAUCAGCUUAGAUCUCUUCCAAACUCCAUUGGUUGUCUCUCCAAGCUCAAGGUUUUGAAUGUGUCCGGAAAUCUUCUUGAAUCUCUCCCAAAAACAAUAGAAAAUUGCAGAUCAUUGGAAGAGCUGAAUGCAAACUUCAACAAGCUGACCAAACUCCCAGACACAAUAGGCUUCGAGCUUAACAACCUAAGGAAGCUCUCGGUCAACUCCAACAAGCUCGUCUUCCUCCCCCACUCCCUCACCCACCUGACCUCCCUCCGCGCCCUCGACGCCCGCCUCAACUGCCUCCGGUCACUCCCCGACGACCUCGAAAACCUCAUCAACCUCGAGGUCCUCAACGUCAGCCAGAACUUCCAGUACCUCGAAACCCUACCUUAUUCCAUCGGCCUCCUCCUCUCCCUCGUCGAGCUCGACGUCAGCUACAACAAGAUCGGUGUGGUGGGUUGGGCCUGCGGGUUUUACGGGUUUAUGAACAGCCCAACUGUCGAGGUGUGCUUGCAUUUCCUGCUAGAGGUUGCAACACUUGCAGACGCAGUCGCACUUGCACUCGCCACUUCUCCACACCAACCACCAUUGCGACCACGACCUCCAGUACGUCCAGCAGGGCUCGGACUAGCAGAUUCUUAC